AUGAGUACCACCAUCUCGUGGAAGGUGACUGACUUCUGUCGGCACUUCGGGGUGGAGGCGCCCGUUAACACCGCAGCCAUCUCGCCCGCCACUGCACAUCAAUUCUUUCAUCACCUCGUACAGAAAUGCGGCAUCGCCGUAGACGCCGCCGCUGCCAGACUUCGGGUGCAAAACACGGUCGAGGGCAUCCUUCAGGAAGAGGGCUUGGAGGACGACGGCGCCAUCGCGCUCGACAUCCUGCAAGGACAACCCACGGCGGCGAACGCCGAAACGCUUCGGGAGUAUGCCGUGCGGUUUCUGCACGAUCGACGGCGGCUCGCCGGUGCUGAGCCACCGGCCGGCAAAGAGGCAGGAAGAAUGCAGGUGCCGGCAGAGCGGCGGCAGCGCCCGCGGCUGCCGGAGGUGACCGGGCCAGGGGCGCUGUGGAAGGCGCUGGUCUCAAUGGAGGCGGAUCUCUUCUCCACCGCGGUGGAGUUGAGCCGCAGGAGCGACGAGCUUGACGAGCGCGAGACGGCGUUGGCGGCGCGGAUGCAGGCUGUGGAGGCUGCGGAGGCCGAGCUUCGGCAGAACACCUCCGCGCGAGAGCAGGAUGUCUGGGCGAUGCAGGCCGAUGUUGGGGCGCAACAAGCGUCACUGCUGGUCAAGACCGCCGUGCUGGAGGAGCGGCGGGCGCAUCUGGCGCAGACGGAGGCGGCGCUCGAUGCCCGGGCGACGGAGACGCGGCGUGAGGAGGAGGCGCUCGCUGCGGAGCGUGUGGCGCUCCAGUCGGCCCGGGCGACGCUGGUGGUAGAGCAGGCCGCCCUUGAGCAGGACCGUCGGCAGUGCGAGGCUGUAGCACACGGCUUUGUCGAUCGCGAGCGGCGCCUCAAGGCGGCUGAAGCGAUGCUGGCGCGGGCCAAGGACGACCUCACGGCAUACGAGCGAUCCCUCACGCUUGUGCGGGGGCGGAAAAGUACUGGGAAGGGACGAGGGAAAGAGCGAAGUUAG